AUGACUGCACGUUGUGGCGAUGAGUUAGCGGCUCCUCAAGCGUUUCACGUUGAGGCAACCGUGACGUUGCCGCUAGAGCCCCUGCUUCGCCAAGUCGCGGAUGCCGCAUGGAGCCGCAAUGAAGAAGUUAAAGACAACAGAUCCGCCGAUGUGGAUGCAAUUCACUGCGAGGACAAUACACAUGUCCCACCCACUGUGUUGAAUGGGCUGUCGGACGCGCAUGCUGCACCGAGGGCUAAGGUCGGGGGUAAAGAAGAAANCACUGAUUGCGCUGAGCGGUUCAGCGGAGACGGAGCAAUGUCAGUUCCACCAGAUGCGGAAGAACAUGAGGACACCGUGGCCACGGCAAUGGUUGCCGCCGAGCUUGUCGGAUAG